GGGCGGGAGGGGCCGGCUGGCGGUUCCUUCUUCCUCCUCCUUCUCCUCUUCCUUCUCCUCCUCCUUCUCCUCCUCCUUCUCCUCCUGCUUCUCCUCCUCCUCCUCCGAAGGGGCGCGCAGGAUGCGCGGUGCUCUCCCGGCGCUGUGCUUGGCGCUGCUGGCGGCGGAGCGCGGGGCGGGGCUCUGCACCAUCAUCCACUACCUUGUCCAUGGACAGCUGGGCUGGUUCGGGCUGACCGUCGCCUGCAUCAUUCCUGGCUACGCGGCUCAGCUCCUCAGCAUCCUCUGGUUCAGGACAGAUGGCCACCAACACAGCUGCUGGCUCCUGGUGCUCCACCUGCUUCAGCUGGGCCUCUGGAAACGGUACUGGGAUGUUUUACGGGCAGCAGUGAAAGCAGAUAACGGUGUCAGAGCCGGGGCAGAGCUGAUGGCACUCGGGGACGUGUGCGUGCUGCGGCUGCUGGAAGCACUGCUGCGGACCCUGCCUCACCUCCUGCUGCAGGCCUACGGCGUCCUGGCCGUCCACACAGCCACUGUCAUCCCUGGUGUCAGCGCGGGGAUGUCCCUGCUGUCCUUUGCUUGGGCUUUGGUUUCCUACAGCUGCUUCACCUGCCUGAUGAAACCCGGUCACCUCUGCCCACCAGCCACCGCCAUCCUCUGCCUGCUGCUCUGGAGAACAGGGAUGCUGGCGACCAGGGUCCUGGCCCUGGUGCUCUUUGCCAGGCUCUAUUCCCUCUGGGUUUUUGCUGUGGCCGGUAAGACUUGUGAUCAUCUUCUCCAUCACCCACGUUGCUGUCAACCCUCAAGAUGCUCCUGGAGCACUUUGCAGCCUUCCCCUGGGACAGCUUUGCCCUUUCGGUCCCUUCCCUUUGCAGGUGCCCACUGGCUGCUCAUGUCCUUCUGGCUGGUGGCCCAGCAGACGGACAUCGUGGCCCAGCCUUGGCGCUGGAGGCUGUUCAAUUGCCUGCUGGGAGCCGUGUACAUCUUCUGCUACAUCAAUGUUCGGCCAGGUCCCUCCAAGCACAGGAUGGCCGUGUUUUAUACAAUCAUGCUGGUGGAAAAUACCAUCCUGCUGCUUCUGGCCACCCGGUUCCUGCAGACAGAGCUGAGGAGCAGCCUGUGCGUGACUGGGGCCGUCAUGGCAGGGUCUGUCAUAGGUGCCGCAGCUCUGGUGGUUUAUUACAUCCUGCUCCAUCCCAAGUCCAGCGAGAUCUGGAAGAGCUUCCUGGACACAACCUGCAGCGCUGCGACUGCUGGUGGUGACGAGGCUGCUGGAGACGGCUCCAAAUUGGGGCAGAAUUUGGGAAUUUCGGGAGAUGGAGAGUCCUCAGCAGGGGGAGGGACCAUGGCAGAUCCCAAAAAUGGGCACAGCUCGUCCCUCCUGCAAUUCAGAGGGUGUGUGGAGGACAGCUGGACAAACCAUCACCACUGGCUGCUGGUAAAGCUGGCCUUGAAGACAGGAGAUAUAUCCACCAUCAACGCAGCUUUUGGAGACGGUGGCAUGGGAGAGGUUUAUGCUGGAGGAUGGGUGAUGGGGAAACCCACCUGCAUUGAGCCUGGGGCAAACCUUUCCCUGCCCACAAGGGAAAUGGGUCCUCGGGGUGUUGAAUCUGGUGUGACUGAUGAGAAAUCGCAGGUGACGGGGGAUGGAGAAGGCAGCAAACCUGGCACUACGAGAACAGCAGGGCAGGACAGAGCAGGGCAGGAGCCUGGUUUUCAGCCAGCUGUAUCGUUUCCCAGGAGCUUCUCCUUGGAUGAACCCGAGGGCUCCUCUAUAUAUUUCAGUGCAAAAAGCAUCGCCUCACCCAACACGGGGACAGAAAAAGCAACAUGCAUGGCCCUGGUGCAAAGGGACAAUGAAGCCCAGACUCCUCCAGGCUGCCUGGGGGUCGGACAAUGGGAUUCACCCCUCGGGAUCACGAGCAUCAGCCCAAUCUUGGGCACUUGCACCCACAAGCAUCCGCCGAGCAGCUCUUCCCUGGGUACCCCCAAAGAGGGGCUGGAGCCUGUGGGGUCAGAGGGUGCCCCCGUUGGGUGGCAUCAACCUUGGGACAUCCAUCCUUGUGGCACACGAGGGACUGUGGUGAGGGGCAAGCUGAGGCCGCCGUGCUUCACCUCCACCCCCAAGGCUGCCCCCCAUAGCCCGCAGCAGGGAUGGGGGGAGACGGGACAGGGGACAGACCUGGCUGAGUUGUUGGAAUGACGUUGGAAAUGGCUGUGUUGUCACCUUAGGUCGGUGCUGGGGUGACUGUCUCAUCCAUAGGGUAUGGCGGGAGGUGGUGGGAUGUUAACGCUGGCCAUGGAGACCAUCCCCCUGGUGCCGUCUGCCACCGGGCAGAUGUCCUUCCAUUGCUAGGUGUCAAGGUCCGUUCUGUGAUGGACUCAUGAUGGUCCAUUUCCCUUGAGCUCAAAGCGCAAAAUUAAGGUGACCAAAAUGCCAAGGGGUUAUAAUUCAAUCAAACAGUGUUACUUUAUUGUUUUGCCUGUAAAGCAGCACGCGAUAAAGUAGAGAAAAAGGGAAAGAAAAAGAAAAGGGGGAAAGGGGACUGGUUACCACCACUGGUCCAAAGGUGUCCCUAUGGUCCUGGGUCCUCAACAGCAUCCUGACAGCCCUGUAUUGUGAUCCAGGAUCCUCUGGUGGGGAGAUCUCAACGGUGUCCAUUUGGGAGUCAUCUCUUGUGCUUCCUCACCCCCCCUCACUCCCACUGAUUGAGGCCAAUCUCCGCCUUUGUUUCGCAAUCCAGGCUUAACUGCGCAGGCUCAAAGAGUCCCCGCUUCGCUUGUCAGAGCCGGCCUAACAUCAGGGGUCUCUUUCAGGUCUGUUGGGUGACCUCAAGACCCUUGUCGAGCCUCUGCGCAUGCUCUUCUUCAUUGGCCUUUGUAACAGAGGGGAGAUGGGGGCAAAUUUGGCCGAAGUAGUAGGUGAAAAUCCAUCUUCUGGACAGCAGCUCUUGUCCCCGGGUCGGAGAGAACCGUGCAACACAGUUCUUUUCUCCAGGCCUCCCUCCAAGUCGUUGUCCAUCUGUUCUUGAUGGCAAUGUUCAGGCAGAUACUGUUCUUCGGACGGACUCCUACACUAGGACAUCACCUUCCCUCCUGGUGCAUCUUCUACUUGCAGCUUUGGAAAGGCCCUGAGGUCUCAAAAAAAUCUCAAAACUCCA